GGGACAGGAAGGAGGAGCCGGGACAGGGAAGGAGGAGCCGGCACCGGGCGCAGGCGCCGCUCCAGCAUCCGCCGCCCGGCCGGGCCUGCGCUCCCCGUGUGCCUGUGCUCCAUGGACGGCGUUUUCCUGUCGCCCGGCGAGGAUGAGUUCGUGGGCAGGAUCGCGGGGGAGCUGGAGCGUUUCCUGCAGCAGGGGCAGCACCAGCGGGUGCUGCUGUUCCCACCCCUGUCCAGCCGCCUCAGGUACCUGAUCCACCGCACCGUGGAAAACAUGGAAUUUCUGAGCAGCUUCUCAGUGGGAGAGGGCUGGAGGAGGAGGACGGUCAUUUGUCACUCAGCUGUCAGGCUUCCCACCGAGACCACGAGCGACCAAAAACCCGGGACCAACCCCCAAGCCCGUUUUUGGGGCCGGGGGGGCCGGGGGGGGCCCCGGCUGCGCCCCCCUGGGGACCCCCAGAGCCCCAGAGCCUCGGUGGGCUCGGGCAGGAUCACCAGACCGCCCAGGAGGAGGCAGGACAAGGCUCUGUAUGUGCCCAAAGGGACCCGGAAAAAGGAGAAUUGGAGGGAGAGGGAGACCCCCAGCGAGGGGGAUGCAGCUCCAGGAGGGGAAAACCCCAAAAUUCCCACUGGGAAGGAUGGAGGGAAGCAGCAGCAGCAGCUGGAGGAGGAGGAGGAUGCAGCCAAAGGCAGCUCUGAGCAUCCUCUGAGUGAUGAGAAGGUGCCUCCCUCAGGGAACAGCAGCAACUCCUGGGAGCAGGAAAAUUGGGAUAGAGACUGUUCCCACAAACUGCCACCCCAGGAGGAGCCAGAGCCCGGCCAUGCCAGCACCAUCCCUGCGGAAAUCCCGGAAUUCCAGCGCCAGGAAAACCAGAAUUCCAGAGGGCUGGAGCCUGGGGAGAGCUCCCACAGCUGGGCACAGCUGGAGGAGCAGAGCAGGAGCAAAUCCCCAGCUGCAGAUCCCUCCAGGCUGGAGGAGCAAAAUCCCCCUGGGAAUGUUCUGGAAGGGGCAGGUGAGGCCCAGGCUGAUGAUCCUGAGAGGAUCCAGGGCAGGAGGGAGGAAGAGGAGGACAAGGAGCACUCAGGAGUGGCCGAGGCUCUGAGCAGGAGCCUGGAUUUGGCUGCAGGGGACACAGAGGGGACGAGGCAGAGCAGCCUCGAGGAGGAGGAGUGCACAGCAGAGCUGCUGGCAGAGAUCGUUGGGAAUUUGAGGGUGAAGGAGAUCAGCAUCCAGAGGAUCAGCCUGGAGUGUCCCAGCCCGGGGCAGGCCCAGCUCAGCGAGGGGGAGCUGGGCCACGUCACCGAGAUCUACGACUUCCCCUCGUCCCUGCGCACCGAGGACCUGCUGGGGAUCUUCUCGGAUUUCCAUGAGAGUGGCUUCAAAAUCCAGUGGGUGGAUGAUACCCACGCCCUGGGAAUCUUCUCCAGCCCCUCCACAGCCUCCCAGGCCCUGGGCCGGCGUUACCCCUGCCUGAAGAUCCGGCCCCUGAUCCACGCGAGCAAACAGGGCAAGGCCAAGGCCCUGCAGAGACCCAAACUCCUCCAGCUGGGAAAAGAGAGGCCGCAGACGGACACAGCAGUGGCCAGGAGACUCGUGUCCCACGCCCUGGGCUGGAGGCACAGGCAGCAGGAGGCCACAGGGAAUGAAGAUUUCCAGCCAGAAUCCUUGGAUCAGGAGGAAUAAUCCCAAAAAAAAAAAAAAAAAAAAAAACCAAAAAAAAGAUGAGCAUGGCUGUGCUAUUAAAUGCAUGCAGAGCAGGCAGCACCAGCUUGGGGGGAAAAGUUGGGAAUGGGAGAAGUUUCUUGUUCUGGUUUUUUCUGGGAAGUGCUGGAAUUCAAAGCACCUGCAGGGAUAAGGUGGUUUCUUUAUUCCUUAUUCCUGCUUUGUUUAAAAAAAAAAAAGCAUUAAGAGUAAGAAAAUUGGAAUUAUUUUGGUCAAAAAUUCAAUUCUAAGCGACGGCAGGAGUUCAGAAAUCUGUUCUGUGUUUGUUGUAAUGUUGCUGUUCAGAUAUCCCAGAAAACUGGCAGGCAGGGAAUCCCAAGUUUUUGGGGAUUUUUUUCCCUUAUUUACAGAGUUUCAAGAGCCUGAACUUCCCUGUUGGGAGCUGCUCAUUAGAGGGGUGAAAAAAAAAAACUCCAGAAUUUUCCUGUGCUCGUGCUCCAGUCUGGAAUUCUGAGGAAAAAGUUGAAUUUUUCCAAUUGCCAGGAGGUUAAAAACCCUUUGCCAGCUGCCCUCUGGACCACUGGAGAAAUGACAAAAAUAUUGAAAAUAUUUCUGCAUUUUUAAACCUCACAACAUCCCUGUGAGGUGGGGCCUGGGGGGAGUUUGCAGCCAGUUGGAAUUCCUGUGGAAUCAGCUGGAAUUUCAGAUAAUUUUGGUUUAGAAGAAAGGGAAAAACCCCAAACUUUAUGAUUUGUCAGGAGAAAUACACCAAGGGCUUCUAAAGUGAAUUUUUUUUUUCUUUUUUUUUUUUUCCCCAGGGAAAAGGUUUUUAUUGGAGC